AUGCCUCCCAGAACUCGCUCCGCUGCACGCGCUGAGAACGCUUUGAACAGCGCCGAUACCACAGGGAUACCACCAACUGGGAGCCCUGCUUCUAGGAAGCGUAAAGCGACUACACGUCGUGGCCAAGCACAGGACGAACCUGAGCUCCCCUCACAUCCUAGCUCACCGCCGAGGAAGAUAAAGAGACGGCGUACAGCAGUUGCCACUUCGAGCACAGGUCCUGCUCCCCCAUCUACUGCUCCUAGAUCUCGUCAGCUCUCCCGUAAUCGUCCCGCCAUGUCACAACCUGGUCCUUCAUCACAACCCUCAGAUGAAACCUCUAGAGUACGAGCCUCCUCUUCCAAUUCCAGAAGGAAAGCAGGGCGAAGCGGUAAAUCAACUCGUCGAGAAAAAGACACCCUCCCCACUGGAACAGAAAACCAUACCAGUCAAUCGCCACAACGUCGAUCAAAGAAACGUUCGCCCAAACACAGCCCAGAUGUGCCAAUGAAGGAUGCUGAUAGCCAAGCAAGCGAGGCAGAUCCUUCAAAGGAGGACGAUGACGACCAAUCUUCGCAGCCGAGUGAGAGUAACGAUGACAAUCAUACAACUGGAUUGAUGGAUGACGAUGAUGGCGACCCAUUCCGUACCGCAUUAUUCGGAUCUCGCACACCGUUAGGCCUGCAAAAUACCCUUCGCGCCCUUACGGGCAUGAUGACUAGCAUGUCUUCACGACUACGGGAGAUUUUAGGCCAGUUAAGAAUGAAAGAAGAUCCAUCUAUACAGUUGAUCGCUUUGCAAGAACUGUCUGAUCUCCUGCUCGUUUCCAACGAAGACAACCUCUCCGGUCAAUUUUCUCCAGAUUCAUUUGUCAAGGAACUGGUCAAACUUAUGCAACCAAGUGAGACUGGCGAGGAAAAUCCCGAGAUUAUGCUUUUGGCUUGUAGAUGUCUUGCCAAUAUGAUGGAGGCCCUUCGAGGAUCUGUAACGAAUGUUGUCUAUGGUGGAGCAGUUCCUGUUCUUUGCCAAAAACUACUCGAUAUUCAGUUCAUUGAUUUGGCGGAGCAAGCAUUGAGCACACUAGCAAAAAUAUCCGAGGAUUUCCCAGCAUCUAUCGUUCGUGAAGGUGGCCUUACUGCUUGCUUGACUUAUCUAGAUUUCUUUCCAACGAGCACUCAACGCACAGCCGUAACCACGGCGGCGAACUGCUGUCGAAGCCUCCCCGGUGAUUCAUUUCCAGUAAUUCGGGAUGUAAUGCCAACGCUGUUGAAUGUUCUAUCAAGCAACGACCAGCGGGUAGUCGAACAAGCUUGUCUUUGCGUGUCGCGAAUUGUCGAGAGUUUCCGAAACAAGCCCGAAAAGCUCGAAGAGCUUAUUGAACCGGCCAUGCUAAAGGCGAUCCUUCGACUUCUUGUACCUGGAACGACAAACUUGAUUGGGCCACAUAUUCACACCCAGUUUUUGCGAGUCCUCGGUAUUGUUGCACAAGCUAGUCCUCGCUUAUCUGUCGAACUCCUUCGGAUGGACGUUGUGGGCACUCUUUACCAGAUACUUACCGGAGUCUCCGCACCACGCGAGGACGACGAAGCGGGUGUCAAGGUUGAUAAUGUUGUGAUCAUGCAAGCAUUGGUACAUCGUCCCCGUGAACAAGUCUUUGAGACCCUCGGCGUAAUAUGCGAGUUGCUCCCAGGGAUUCAGAAUCUGCAGGGGCCUCUGUCCCGCUUUGACAACGCCUUGACUAUCAACUUACAAUCUCGAUUUGCUCCUACACGUUCCUCGUCCAAGUUGAAGGAGUCGGCAGAGAAGAGACGUGCAUUGCUUACGGACUGUAAACCCGAGUUAAAGCGAUUUGCAACGGUUCUCUUGCCGACUCUAACCGACGCUUAUGCCAGUACGGUUAACUUGGGCGUUCGGCAGAAGGUCCUACUAGCACAGCUCAAGAUUUUACAAGAAAUAGAUGCAGAUGUACUGCGAGAAGCUCUUCGAACAGUCCCUUAUGCAUCUUUUCUAGCGGCAAUUCUCUCGCAGCAAGAUCAUCCAUUAUUAGUGUCGUAUGCUCUGCAAUGUGCCGAACUACUCUUCGAACGACUACCCGAUAUCUAUCGUUAUCAGUUCCAUCGAGAAGGUGUAAUUGCUGAAAUUGCCGACUUAGCUGCAAAGCAAUUAUCCACCGAGAAAAUAUCAUCCGAUGUCAAGCCCCUAGGCGAAGCCACUGUCCCAAUCCACGCCUCAGAACAACCCGAUUCCCAAGCCACCAGCGAGGAUCCAAACGCCUCGCGUGAUGACAGUGACGAUGAAGACAACGAUGACGAGGAUGACGAGGAUGACGAAGAAGACCAAGAUGAUGACGACGAUAAUGAAGAUGACGAUGAUGAUGAAGAUCAGGAUCGUGAUGGCGACGAUGCUUCAGAAUCAGAGAGUUCGGAAUCUUUCAACGCUCCUCGACUAGUCAAUCAGAGUAUGGAUGAUGUGAUGCAGGACCAUGUUAUUACUACUGCCCGAGCUUUCGUCCACCUAUAUGAGCAAGCGGAAAGCACGGACACAAUGGCGGAUAAAGCAAGCAAGAUCCUGAAAGAUUUGCAGACUUUGGCCUCUAAAAUCAAAUCUACUCAAGAAGCUGGUUGGGGCGCGGAUUACACUCCCGUGUUUGAGACGCUGGCGUCUUAUUUCAACGGGGACGCCAUUGACAGCAUCACCAGCGCUGAACUUCUUAGAUCUGGUAUUAUUGAUGUACUAGUAGAAAACUUUACUUCACCUGACGUGACGCCCAGGGCUCGUGUCAGUUUUCUCAAGGCAUUUAUGGGUACCAUGGUGUCCCAGGAGGCUUCACAGGCGUCGCCGUUCAGCAAGUUGAUUCACAAACUCCACGAUCUUCUCAGCAGGACUGAACACUUUGAAGUGAUCACUGUCGGCCACAACUCUCUUGAAAUCACAAGGAGCAAUGCAACCUAUAUGCUUGGCAAACAAGUUCGUCUCAGGUUGGUUGCUGAUGAGGGAUCAGAUAUUCCCAGGCCAUACAAGAAUAUUAUGGUCUCAAUCCAUGCAAUUGCCACCUUCAAGUCGCUUGAUGAUUUUCUACGACCUCGGAUCAGUCUGUCUGAGCGCCCUAGACCGUCGCGUAAUCUCGACUUUCUUUCACAGCUUGCCAAUGCGGAUCGAUUACGUGAGUCGCCUCAUGCCAGUCAGAGUUCAGGUGAGAAUGACCCACCUUCCAACAGCCAUCGGGGCCUUCCCAAAGAAGUUCUAUCGGCGCUACGUGGUGAGCUUGAUGGACGAGAUCGUCGGCAUGGGACUCAUCGAUCCAGCAGGACUCAGCCAUCUAAUCAAGCUGGUGAGGAAGCAAGUGACGACCGCCCAUUGGAGUGCGCCGACGAGAAACAGUUGAGUGACGAAGACGAUGAAGAAGAUGCAGGUGAUGAUCAGGACGAGGAGUUGAACACUAUUGUGGAUGAUUUAGAUGAAGAACUUUCGGAUGCUCCUGGUCCAGAACCCACCGCCGUCAACAUGGAGAUUGCGUCUACUGGAAAGGUCACCGCACGCAAGGAGGAUGGUACCCGUGUUGCUACUCCGUCUCAAUCACAGGCCCUCGGUCAGGGCUCUUCCUCCGGGCCAAACUCCGAUUUACCUGCCAUGGGCAACGAUUCCUUGGCGAUGGCAGGUCGCCCUUUUUCUUCAUAUGCUGCUGCUGUAGCGGCGGUGCCACAAGAUUGGCACAUUCAAUUCAGUAUCGAUGGGGAACCAAUCACGAACGAUACGACAGUCUACCGGGCUAUUCACCAUAGUCGAGCACAUAAUGAGGAUGGCGGUCGAAAUGUCUGGACUUCAGAGCAUACAGUGCAAUUCAAACGAAUGCCCGGUCCCCCACCGCCAGAAGCAUCUUCUCUUUCUUCUACGUCCCGCAAUGCAGAUGCUACAGAUGAACAGACCGGCCUUCCCAUGUCCCUGAGCAAGGAACAUACUACUGGUUCUAUUUUGCAGCUAUUGCGAGCCCUACAUGAGAUGAACGCACACCUUGACGACCUUCGUGCUGAAAACGAGGAACUUGUAGCCGUCAAAGCAGAGCCAGUGGCACAAUUCAUCAAUAACAAAUUGACUGCUAAAUUGAAUCGACAAUUAGAGGAGCCGUUGAUUGUAGCUAGCAGCUGCUUACCUAACUGGAGUGAGGAUCUUGCUCGCGAGUUCCCAUUCUUGUUCCCUUUUGAAACGCGUCAUCUCUUCCUUCAAUCAACAGCCUUUGGCUACUCCCGAUCGAUGAUGCGCUGGCAAAAUUCACAACCUGAAGACAGCCGGCGUGACAUUCGCCGUGAUGACCGUCCGUUUCUCGGUCGUCUUCAGCGACAAAAGGUGCGAAUAUCUCGAUCUCGGAUUCUCGAUUCAGCAAUGAAAGUGAUGGAGCUAUACGGCUCGUCUGCAAGCAUCCUUGAGGUUGAGUAUUUCGAAGAAGUUGGCACUGGUUUGGGUCCGACCUUAGAGUUCUAUUCCACGGUCUCUAAAGAGUUUUCGAAGAAGAAGCUCAAGAUCUGGCGGGAGAAUGAAUCUGCGGACAAGAACGAAUAUGCAUUUGGGAAGCACGGUUUGUUCCCAGCGCCUAUGAGUGAGCAACAAGCCGAAUCGGAUCUUGGCAACAAGCAGCUUCUACUUUUCAAAUCACUUGGCAAAUUCGUAGCACGAUCCAUGCUCGAUUCUCGCAUCAUUGACAUCAACUUCAAUCCUACUUUUUUCCGCGUGGGUACUCCUGGCUUUGUUCCCUCUUUGGGCGCCGUCAAGACAGUGGAUGAGGAUCUCGCAAACUCUUUGCAACUUGUCAAACGAUUCGCCGACGCCAAGUUCGAAAUAGAGGAAGAUUAUGGCCUUACCUCUGACCAAAAAAUGAUGGCCCUUGAAGAAUUAGAGAUUGAUGGUGUGCGAGUUGAAGAUCUGGGCUUAGACUUUACACUUCCAGGCUACCCCGCCAUUGAGUUGAUGAAAGAUGGUUCCAACACGAGUGUACAAACCAGUAAUAUCGACAUAUACCUAGAACGUGUCAUCGACUUCACAUUAGGCGAGGGUGUGGAACGACAAAUUGAGGCAUUCCGUUCUGGUUUCUCGCAAGUUUUUGCCUACGCGGCAUUGCGAUCUUUCACCCCGAAUGAGCUGGUGAUGCUGUUUGGACGAAUCGAAGAAGACUGGUCUAUGGAGACACUGAUGGAUUCCAUCAAAGCGGACCACGGCUUCAACAUGGAUAGCAAGAGCGUACGAAACCUGUUACAGACAAUGAGUGAACUGGACGCUCAACAGCGGCGAGACUUUUUGCAAUUUGUUACUGGUAGUCCCAAGCUUCCAAUUGGAGGCUUCAAGAGUCUCACCCCUAUGUUCACAGUGGUGUGCCGUCCCAGCGAACCGCCCUAUACACCAGACGAUUAUUUGCCCAGUGUGAUGACCUGCGUCAACUAUCUCAAACUCCCCGACUAUAGCAGCGCCGCGACAGCAGCAGCUUUCGCUGCCGAGCAAUACUUUGAGACAAUCCGGGUCUUUGAACGGAAGGGAAGUGCGGGAGGGACGUGGAUAUACGACGCAGACCCAAGUCCAGCCGCGAGUCCACAACCCGGCAAACUACCACCAGAUAUUGAUCCUCCCUUGAGAAUACCGGAUGCUUUACCGCGUACGACGGGGCCUUCUUCACAAGAACGAUGGGAUAAGACUCCUAUAUACGAUGAGUUGACAACAAACGUCCCCGCAAUAGCAAUGUCCCUCUCUGAAAUCCCCUUCCCCUAUGGCCCUUUCGUGCCGCAUCACGUGCCAAAACAGUACAUCGAGAAUUACUUUACGCAUUUCAAACUAGAUCGGUAUCUAGAGCUCAAUACAACGGUGGAAGACGUCUCUCGUCUCCCAUCAAGAAGCGGUCCAGAGAAGGGUCAUGAGCGAUGGAGUUUGACACUGAGAAAAUAUGAUGCCGUAGAGCAUGUGGAUCAUUGGUGGAAAGAAGAGUUUGAUGCGGUUAUCUUUGCGAAUGGGCAUUAUAGUGUUCCUUACGUCCCAGCCGUCAAAGGUCUAGAAGGAUAUAUCAAAGCCUUCCCGGGUCGAGUGGUCCACUCCAAAUCAUAUCGCUCAGCACAACACUAUCACAACAAGAGAAUUCUUGUCAUUGGAAACUCUGCAUCAGGGCACGAUGUCACUGCUGGGGUCGUCAAAACCGCUCAUUUACCGGUCUAUCAAUCCCGGCGCACGUCUUCACGCUGGGAUGGGAAUGAGCCUCCGGAGGGUAUAGAAUGGAAACCCAUAAUCAGCGAGUAUCUCCCAACAGGAGAGAUUGUCUUUGAAGAUGGCAGUAUCAUUGAUGAUAUCGACCAAGUAAUUUACUGCACAGGAUACAAAGCAUCAUUCCCAUUCUGGAACGCCAAAGCCAAUGGGGCACCACUUUACGACUACAAGCGCGACCAUGUAGUAGGAAACUAUUUACAUAUUUUUUUCACGGAUUUCCCAACCAUCGGUAUAGUCGGUAUUCCACGAACACUCACAUUCAGAAGUUUCAAUUACCAAGCCAUAGCUCUCGCUCGAGUCUUCUCAGGUCGAAACGCGCACCCAUUACCAUCCGUCGUGGAACAACGAGAAUGGCUCAGCAGACGAUUGGAACUUGUCACGAGGCAACACCGUAAAUUUCAUGAUAUACCGUGGGAUGAAGGGGAGACGCUAAAUUAUUUCCGUGAGCUGUAUGAGCUUGCUGGGCUGCCGAGGAUUGAAGGUUUGGGCCAGGUUCCGCCGGUGUUGGAUGGUGAGACGAGGUGGGCGAUUGAGAAUGUGAGGAAAUAUCCUGUUCCAGGGGAUGAGCGGUUGAAGGAAAGCGGUGGUAAUGAAGAGAAUGGGUGGACUCUUGUAGAAAGAGGGCAGUGGCGAGAUAGUCUUCAUUUCAUUUAG